UUAACUAAAAUAAUAAUAUUUCACAUCACUGUCCUGUCUCUCUCUCUCUCUUGAAACCUAAUUGCAGAAGAAGUCUAGACAAAAAAAGAGGAUGAAUCCAUCACAACAACACUUAUUCAAGCUAUGUCCUAAGCGUCUAUUCUUCUUCUUCACUCCAUUCCUAUUCUUCUUCCUCUAUUACAUCCUCACCACUAUCAAAACCAUCACCUUCUCUUCCCAAGUUCCUCACCAUCCUCCACAGAUUCAGGUACCCUCCAUUUCCCAUUACUCCUCCCUUCCAGAAACUUCAGAAAACCGAUCGCCACCACCACCAUCCUCAUCCUCAUCAUCAUCAUCAUCAUCAUCACCAUCUUACUUUCCACUCUGUCCCAAGAACUUCACCAACUACUUGCCAUGCCACGAUCCAUCAACAGCACGACAGUACAGCAUUCAGAGACACUAUCGGAGAGAGAGACACUGUCCUGACAUAGCCCAAGAGAAGUUCAGGUGUUUGGUCCCAAAGCCCACUGGCUUCAAAACGCCUUUUCCAUGGCCUGAGAGUAGAAAAUAUGCUUGGUUCAAGAACGUACCAUUCAAGAGGCUAGCUGAGUUGAAAAAGACUCAGAAUUGGAUUAGGCUUGAAGGAGACCGUUUUGUUUUCCCUGGAGGCGGGACUUCCUUUCCCGGUGGUGUGAAGGACUAUGUUGAUGUGAUUCUGAGUGUUUUGCCUUUGGCUUCUGGGAGUAUCAGGACUGUUCUCGAUAUUGGAUGUGGAGUAGCGAGUUUUGGAGCCUUUUUGCUGAACUAUAACAUUUUGACAAUGUCCAUUGCACCGAGGGAUAUACACGAGGCUCAAGUUCAGUUCGCAUUAGAACGUGGACUCCCUGCUAUGCUCGGUGUUCUAAGCACUUAUAAGUUGCCUUACCCGUCGAGGUCUUUCGACAUGGUCCACUGUUCUAGAUGCCUGGUCAAUUGGACUGCCUAUGAUGGGCUUUACUUGAUGGAGGUGGAUCGUGUUCUACGUCCUGAUGGAUACUGGGUGUUGUCUGGACCACCUGUAGCAUCAAGGGUUAAAUCCAAGAACCAGAAGAGAGAUUCCAAGGAAUUGCAGAACCAGAUGGAGCAACUAAAUGGUGUUUUUAGAAGACUUUGUUGGGAGAAGAUUGCUGAAAGUUACCCAGUUGUCAUCUGGAGAAAGCCUUCUAAUCAUUUGCAGUGUAGACAAAGACUACAAGCUCUUAAGUUUCCUGGAUUCUGCUCUUCUAGUGACCUUGAAUCUGCGUGGUACAAAGAGAUGGAGCCGUGUAUCACUCCUCUUCCAGAUGUUAACGACACACACAAGAUCGUUCUCAGAAACUGGCCUGAGAGACUAAAUAAUGUGCCUCGACGAAUCAAAACCGGGUUGAUAAAGGGAACAACUAUUGCCAGCUUCAAAUCUAACAAUAACAUGUGGCAAAGAAGAGUAUUGUACUAUGACACCAAGUUAAAGUUUCUCAGCAAUGGAAAAUACAGAAACAUCAUUGAUAUGAACGCUGGAUUAGGUGGUUUUGCUGCAGCUUUGAACAAAUACACAAUGUGGGUUAUGAAUGUGGUUCCGUUUGAUCUUAAACCGAACACACUCGGUGUUGUGUAUGAUCGCGGUCUCAUUGGAACUUACAUGAACUGGUGUGAAGCUUUCUCUACAUACCCUCGAACCUAUGAUCUGAUUCAUGCCAAUGGUGUGUUCAGUUUGUACUUGGACAAAUGUGACAUUGUUGAUAUACUCUUGGAGAUGCAGAGGAUUCUUAGACCAGAAGGCGCAGUUAUAAUACGAGACCGUUUAGAUGUUCUUAUCAAAGUGAAAGCUAUAACCAGUCAAAUGAGAUGGAAUGGGACAGUUUAUCCAGACGAUAACAGUGGUUUUGAUCAUGGAACAAUACUAAUUGUAGAUAAUUCAGUUAAAUAAACAAUACUCUUUUUGGUAUACACUAUAAAAUUUUGCAAACUCUUGAGA